UGGGUUCACACAGGUGUCAGAGUUGGACAGUGACCUUCUCCGUGCAGCACAAGGCACUGAUAUUCGAGAGAUGGCAGGUGGAGCUUUCGCUGGCUGGUGGGCCAAGAUGAGCCCAUAUUACACCAAGGCCUACCAGGAGAUGUGGGUUGGUGUUGGAAUUAUGACCUACCUGUACUACAAAGUAUCCUAUGGAGGAAAGAAAGCAGUGAAGCAGAAGCCUGCGCAUUGAUCGAACAACUAGACCAAGCUGUCACUUCCCCCUUUCUUUCCUGUAAAUGGAUCCAUAGUUCAUACAUACACACCAAGAUCUUUAUCUGUGACCCUGUGGGACUAAUAAAGUGAUCUGUUUUGAUCACCCAAUGGACAAUAUCUUUGGAGUCUUCUUAUACUGGCUUAGAGAUGUACUCAAUAAAUUCAGAGCACCAUUUUUAGGAGACAAUGAAGUCUUUGCAUUGACAAGUUCUGUUAAGAGACAUUUGUCAGUUGACAUUGUAUUCGUCUGUCAGUGAAACUGAAAAAAUGUGGAUAUGAUGAUGCAUACUCUGCUUAAUAAAAUUUGAACUCCAUUGUGUUUAGUA